GUUUCUCUGGGAAUUGUGUUGGCUGUGGAAAGAAAGGCUUCUGUUACUUCACAGAAUUUUCUAAUCACAUAAAUCUUAAGUUGACCACUCAGCCCAAGAAGCAGAAACACCUGAAGUAUUACCUGGUCCGCAAUGCACAAGGGACUCUCACCAAAGGACCUCUCAUUUGUUGGAAAGGCUCAGAGUUCAGAAGCCGGCAGACCUUGGCCAGUACUUGCUCGAGUUCCCUCUUCCCGCCCGCGGAGAGCUCCGGGCCUCUGGCUGCCUUCUCCAGCGAGCCCGUUCCUGGACCGACGCCGAGCAUCCCGAUGGGAGCCCAGCCUGCAGGACCAGCCUCUGAGCACCCCUCGCUAACGGCAGCCGUGGGUCCAGCUGUUCUCAACGGCAGAGAUUCCCCGAAGCACCAACAGCUGGUGAAGAACGACCUGUCGGCCAUGCCGCGGCCCUCGGCGCUAGGUAUCUUAUCAAACUCCGGGCCCCCCAAAAAACGCCACAAAGGGUGGUCUCCAGAAUCUCCAUCAGCUGCAGAUGGUGGCUACUCCCAGGGUGGUGGGAACAGAGCUAAGUAUGAGAGUGCAAGCAUGUCCUGCGUGCCCCAGGUUGGCUUGGUGGGACCAGCUUCGGUCACGUUUCCUGUCAUGGCCUCCGGAGAGCCGGUGUCCGUUCCUGACAACUUGCUGAAAAUAUGCAAGGCCAAGCCGGUGAUAUUUAAAGGCCACGGGAACUUCCCUUACCUCUGCGGGAACCUGAACGACGUGGUCGUGAGCCCCCUCCUGUACGCAUGCUACCAGAACUCGCAGUCCAUCUCUCGGGCGUAUGAGCAGUAUGGGGCCUCCACCAUACAGCCCAUCUCAGAGGAGACACAACUCCUGCUCACCGUCUACUAUCUCGUGCAGCUGGCAGCCGACCAGGUGCCCCUGAUGGAGGACCUGGAGCAGAUCUUCCUGCGCUCGUGGCGCGAGUCGCACCUGACGGAGAUCCGGCAGUCCCAGCAGGGGCAGCCGCAGCGCUGCCCGCCCACGCCCGGUGCCGCGGCCCCGGUCAGCUCCGCGCAGCUGCCCUGGCUGGCCGGCCUGGCCGCUAGCUCCGGCAACAACAGCGUGCACAUCAUCGAGUGCACCUACUCCCUGGCCGAGGGCCUCUCGGAGAUGUUCCGGCUGCUCAUCGAGGGCAAGCUCGCCAAGACCAACUACGUGGUGAUCGUCCGCGCCUGCCGCAGCCCCGCCAUCGACUCCUGCGUCGCGGUCACCGGAAAAUACCAAGCCCGAAUUCUUUCCGAGAGCCUUCUCACCCCAGCGGAGUACCAGAAAGAAGUCAAUUAUGAGCUGGUUACGGGGAAAGUGGACUCCUUGGGGGCCUUUUUUAGCACCCUCUGUCCAGAGGGUGACAUUGACAUUUUGCUGGACAAAUUUCAUCAGGAAAAUCAAGGCCAUAUUCCGUCCUCACUUACUGCCUCCCCUGUCACCAAAUCAGCAUCCCUGGAUGUUGGCGGAGCUCCGGCAUGCACGAGUUACAGUCUGGAGCCCCACCACAUCCGGCCCUUCCAGCUGGCCGUGGCUCAGAAGCUCCUCUCCCAUGUGUGUUCAAUUGCGGAUUCCAGCACUCAAAAUUUGGACUUAGGAUCCUUUGAGAAGGUGGACUUUCUGAUUUGUAUUCCCCCCUCCGAAGUGACCUAUCAGCAGACCCUGUUCCGUGUCUGGCAUUCAGGGGUUUUACUGGAGCUUGGCUUGGAAAAGGAGCGCAUGACUAAGCAGAGGGUCGAACAGUAUGUUUUGAAACUUGAUGCCGAAGCACAGACGAAAUUUAAGUCCUUUCUGCAAAACUCCUUUCAGAACCCACAUACGCUCUUUGUCCUAAUCCAUGACCAUGCCCACUGGGAUCUCGUAAGUAGCGCCGUUCAUAAUCUCUAUUCCCAAAGUGACCCGGCCGUGGGAUUGGUGGACAGAUUGCUCAAUUGCAGGGAGGUGAAGGAGGCCCCCAACAUCGUGACGCUCCACGUGACUUCCUUCCCUUAUGCGCUGCAGACGCAGCAUACCCUCAUCAGCCCUUACAACGAGAUCCACUGGCCUGCAUCCUACAGUAAUGGAGUGGACUUAUAUCCUGAGAAUAAGAAGUACUUCGGGUUGUCAGAGUUCAUUGAGUCCACCCUUUCGGGACACAGCCUCCCUUUGCUCAGAUACGACAGUUCCUUUGAGGCCAUGGUCACGGCAUUAGGAAAAAGGUACACGUCUCUGUUGGAAGUUACUAAAAUGCUCAGGAGCUCCACUUCAGAGAAGAGGAGCCCGGUGAAGAGGGAGAGGUCCUGCUCCCACGAUUCGGUGUCUUCGUCCCUCUCCUCUAAAGCAUCCAGCUCGGCGCUGUGCGGCGAGUCCUCGGCUCAGCCUGGGCCACCGUCGCAGGGGGAGCGGGCCAGGUCGCCACAGCCCUGCGGCCCCUCAGAGGAGGGCAGGGUCCCCGGGGAGAGACAGAGGCCCCAAGCGAGCCGGGGGCCACCGUCGGUCAUCAGCAGGCACAGCCCUGGGCUGGCCCCCCAGCCGGACUCCGGCCUGAGAGCCAGCCAGAGGAGCGUCCAGGUGUCGGUCACCCCGUCGUCCUCCCAGCUCUCCUCUUCGGGCUCCUCCUCCUCGUCUGUGACCCCCGCGGCCGGCACGCUCGUCCUGCAGGCCUCCCAGUGCUCCAUGACCAAGGCCUGCCGGCAGCCCCCCAUCGUCUUCCUGCCCAAGCUGGUGUACGACAUGGUCACGGCCACCGACAGCAGCGGCCUGCCCAAGGCCGCCUCACUCCUGCCCUCCCACUCGGUCAUGUGGGCCAGCUCCUUCCGCCCCCUGCUCAGCAAGACGAUGACGUCCACAGAGCAGUCCCUCUACUACCGGCAGUGGACGGUGCCCCGGCCCAACCACAUGGACUACGGCAACCGCGCCGAGGGCCGCGUGGACGGCUUCCACCCACGCAGGCUCCUGCUCAGCGGGCCCCCCCAGAUUGGGAAGACAGGUGCCUACCUGCAGUUCCUCAGUAUUUUGUCCAGAAUGCUCAUCCGGCUGACGGAAGUGGAUGUUUAUGAUGAAGAGGAGAUCAAUAUCAAUCUCAGAGAGGAAUCAGAUUGGCAUUACCUCCAGCUCAGUGACCCCUGGCCAGACCUGGAGCUGUUCAAGAAGUUGCCUUUUGACUACAUUAUUCAUGACCCGAAGUAUGAAGAUGCCAGUCUGAUUUGCUCCCACCUUCAGAGCAUAAAGAGCGAAGACAGGGGCCCGUCCCGGAAGCCCGAGGAGCUCUACGUGCGGCGUCAGACGGCGCGGAUGAGGCUGUCCAAGUACGCGGCGUACAACACAUACCACCACUGUGAACAAUGCCAGCAGUACAUGGGCUUUCACCCCCGCUACCAGCUCUAUGAGUCCACCCUGCACGCCUUUGCCUUCUCUUACUCCAUGCUAGGAGAGGAAAUCCAACUCCACUUCAUCAUCCCCAAGUCCAAGGAGCACCACUUUGUCUUCAGCCAACCCGGAGGCCAGCUGGAGAGCAUGCGGCUGCCCCUUGUCACAGACAAGAGUCACGAAUGUAUAAAAAGUCCGACAUUCACUCCAACCACUGGCCGUCACGAGCAUGGACUCUUUAAUCUGUACCACGCUAUGGAUGGUGCCAGCCAUUUGCAUGUGCUGGUUGUCAAGGAGUAUGAAAUGGCUAUUUACAAGAAAUACUGGCCCAACCACAUCAUGCUGGUGCUCCCCAGUAUCUUCAACAGUGCUGGAGUUGGUGCUGCCCAUUUCCUGAUCAAGGAGCUGUCUUACCACAACCUGGAGCUGGAGCGGAACCGGCAGGAGGAGCUCGGGAUCAAGCCACAGGACAUCUGGCCUUUCAUCGUGAUCUCCGACGACUCCUGCGUGAUGUGGAACGUGGUGGACGUCGACUGUGGUGGGGAGAGAAGCAGGGAAUUUUCCUGGUCAGAAAGAAACGUGUCUUUGAAGCACAUCAUGCAGCAUAUCGAGGCGUCCCCCAACAUCACCCACUACGCCCUGAUUGGCAUGCGGAAGUGGUCCAGCAAGACGGGGAGCGGAGAGGUGCGUGAGCCCUUCUCCCGCUGCCACGUGCACGACUUCAUCAUCCUGAACGUGGACCUGACCCAGAAUGUGCAGUACAACCAGAAUCGGUUCAUGUGUGACGAUGUGGACUUCAACCUGCGCGUGCACAGCGCUGGCCUCCUGCUCUGCCGAUUCAACCGCUUUAGUGUGAUGAAGAAGCAGAUUGCAGUGGGUGGGCAGAGGUCCUUCCACAUCACGUCCAAGGUGUCUGACAACCCCGUGCCCAUCGUGCCAGCCCAGUACAUCUGCGCCCCGGACAGCAAGCACACGUUCCUCGCGGCCCCCGCACAGCUGCUGCUGGAGAAGUUUCUGCAGCACCUCAGCCACCGCUUCUUCCCGCUCUCCCUGAAGAACCACAGCCACCCUGUGCUCUCGGUCGACUGCUACCUUAACCUGGGAUCUCAGAUUUCUGUGUGCUAUGUGAGCUCCAGGCCCCACUCUCGAAACAUCAGCUGCUCUGACUUCAUGUUUAGUGGACUCCUGCUGUACCUCUGUGAUUCUUUUGUGGGAGCUAGCUUUUUGAAAAAGUUUCAUUUUCUGAAAGGUGCCACCCUGUGCGUCAUCUGCCAGGACCGGAACUCCCUGCGGCAGACGGUGGUCCGCCUCGAGCUGGAAGACGAGUGGCAGUUCCGGCUGAGGGACGAAUUCCAGACCGCCAACGCUAAGGAAGACCGGCCGCUCUUCUUUCUGACGGGGCGGCACAUCUGAGGGCGACAGCAGCAGGUUCUCUGCGAGAGUGGAGCCUUCAGAACCUCAUGCGCUUGGGGCUACAGGAGAUCUGAGAUCCCUGGGUGCUCGAACUGGAACGGCCCCGGGACUGGUGUGCUGCCCCCUCGUGCUGUGUGCUGGGAACCCUGGGCCGGGACGUGCACGGAGUCUUAGCGAGAGCAACGAGGAGGAGUUGGUGGUGAGCAGGAGCGCAAACCCAUGCCUGCCGGUUACCGGGCCAGACCACGUGGCCCUGGGCUCUGUUGAAGCUUGUUUCACGAGGAACAAACUGUUGCCUGCUGUCAUGUCAUCCAUGUGCUUCCAUGGACAAACCUGACUUUUCUCUUAGUGCUAAAGGAUCGCUCUUGGAUUUUCUCA